AUGGAAUACCGGGCCGCUGAAAUCGCCGAGAACGUGAGGGACGCCUUGGAUGUCCCGAUUAGGACGACAGCGAAGAUCGUUUACCGAGGCUUUAUGACGCAGGUGGGAUACUCGAGACGCAGGACGACGGGCACACACGGCGAGGUGACAAUGGAAGAGAGGAAAAGAGAUCGCGUGCAGAAACAAAUCGAGGUUGAAGAAUGA